AUGUAUAAAGUUGAUGCAGACACAAAGGUAUAUCCAGAUUCGUUAAGAAUAUUGAUAAAUUGUAUGUGCAAUGAUCCAUUGAUCAUGGGAUUAUGUGGAGAGACAAGAAUAGCAAAUAAACGAGACUCGUGGGUCACAUCAAUACAAGUGUUUGAAUGUUACAUUUCACAUCAUGUGGGUAAAGGGUUUGAGUCGGUGUUUGGUGGUGUUACCUGUUUGCCAGGAUGUUUUAAGGACAGGAACACCUGA